AUGAGCAAGGAAGCUGGGCAAUCGUUCGAGAAAGCCGCGGCGAUGCAGUUGAAGACGGAUGAAAAGGAUGAUGCGCCCAACACUUUAGUAGAGGCAUACAAAGUCUACAGGAAGACAGAUCCCGAAGACGCUGCCCGCGUGAUGGAAAGCGCCAUCCAAAUGUACACCGCCAAAGGAAACUUCCGCAGAGCCGCAACCAACAAAUCUGAUCUCGCAGGUCUCUACGAGCUGGAGCUCAGUGAUAUUCCUAAGGCGCUCGAAGCAUAUGAUGUCGCGGGUGAAUGGUUUUCCGGUGAUCAGGCCGAAGCACUCGCGAAUAAGGCGUGGCUCAAGGUUGGUGAGUUGGCGGCGCUGCAGGAAGAUUAUGCUCGUGCGAUUGCGAGAUUCGAGGAUGUGGCGAGGUCGAGUGUUUCGAAUAACUUGACCAGGUAUAGCGUAAAGGAGUACUUCUUUAAGGCUGGAUUGUGUCAUAUCGCUUCUGGGGAUCUCGUCGCAACAAAGCGAGCUUUCGACACCUAUCUCAAUCUCGAUCCUGGCUUCAUGUCCACGCGAGAAUUCGAGCUUCUCCAGGAUAUUGUCACAGCGAUCGAGUCCGCUGACCAGGAGCUCUUCACGGAGAAGGUGUUCGGUUACGAUCAGUUGAGUAAGUUGGAUAAGUGGAAGACGACGCUGUUGCUGAAGAUUAAGAAUGGCAUUGAAGAUGAGCCUGAUUUGACAUAGGAGGAGCGCUGGUAC